AGCAAAACGAUCAAACUCCAGGACCGUGUGGCUUGGGGGUUACUAGUUGAACUGGGCAUGCUCAGUCACCAGGCAGAUUUUUUUUUUUUUUUCGGUGAAGUGGAAACUACAACAGCGCUUACCGUGUGCGCUGAGGUGGGCGUGCCCUCGUGGAAUUUAGAAUGUUGCCGCAGCCAAUGGGGCCUCGCGGCCGGCUGCCGGGGCUCCUCAUUGGAGGAGCGGGGAGGCGAGCGAGUAGAGGGCCCCUGGAGGGAGCCGCGGAGGUGCAGGUCGGAGAGGCCGGGCUACGCCGUGCCCUGCGCGUGAGCAGCUGCAGCGGCGGCAUCCAGCGGCGGUGUCUGCAGUUCCAGCCCGUUGCUUUACUUUUUAGCUGCACGAACGUAGUCAUUAUGCCGAAGAGAAAGUCUCCGGAGAAUACAGAGGGCAAGGAUGGAUCCAAAGUAACUAAGCAGGAGCCCACCAGACGGUCUGCCAGAUUGUCCGCGAAACCUGCUCCACCCAAACCUGAACCUAAACCAAGAAAAACAUCUGCUAAGAAAGAACCGGGAACAAAGAUUAACAAAGGUGCUAAAGGGAAGAAGGAGGAAAAGCAAGAAGCUGGAAAGGAAGGUACUGCACCAUCUGAAAAUGGUGAAACUAAAGCUGAAGAGAUCCACAUCUCUCGCUCAACUGUUAAUGUCUCAACCUCCAGAGGUACCCCACCCAGCACACUGUCAGUAAAGGGGCAGAUUGAAACAGUGAGAGUUAAGGGCACAGAAAACUGAAUCUGUAGAUAACAAGGGAGAAUGAAUUGUCGUGAAAAAAUUGGGGUUGAUUUUAUGUACAUCUCGGGGCAACUUUUAAAAGCUAUUUUUACCGAGUAUUUUGUAAAUGCUAAUUUUUUAGGAUUCUACUAGUUGGCAUACAAAAAUAUAUAAGGAUGGACAUUUUAUCUUCUCAUAGUCGUGCUUUUUGGAAAUUUCCAUCAUCCUCAAGUGAAAUAAAUACCAGUUUGUUAUUGGAAGCUGUGUGUAAGAUUGAUUCAGCAUUCCAUGCGCUUGCUUUAAAAAUCGAGUCCUGUGCAUACUGUGGUGUUUUUACUGUGCGUAUUUAAAUUUUUCACGCAGUUUUUCUAGAGCAAUAAUCAGUGGUGCUUUUGUACCUAGGUUUUACGUGAUUUUAAUGAAACAUGGAUAGUUGUGGCCACCUGCUGACUAUUUGUGGUUUAAAAUAAAAGGUUUUCUUGCCUGCAAAA